UUUUUUCUUUCACAACUGAAAUAUAAAAUAAUAUAGAUGGGAAAAUAAAAUCUUUCUAGGAGAAAGCCUUGAAGGUUAACGUCUCCCACUACCUCCAAGAAGUGCGCGGUCCCUUUAAGAGAUACCAAAACAAUCAUAUCCACUUCCUGUAUGCUAGUACGUGAACGGCUUCCAUAAGACUCUUUGUAUUGUGAAUUAAAUACUAAAUAUUGAAUAAACGUAUUGUUGGGUUUAUAAAUACACGCCGUCCUACAUGUGUUUUUUAAAAAUCUGAAGACCUUCUGAAUUUACGAUAAGAUGAUGGCAGCGCGAAAAAGAAAGAUGCUAGCGCUGGCGGCGGCAACAUCUGAACAAACUGUGUCGUUAAAUAAACACAACAAGGACACGGAGCUGAAGCCAAAGGACUCACAAACCGCGCUUAAGAAGCAGCCCAGUCAGUGUGAAAAUGCUCAGAGUGCUGAGGCGGAGCGAAGCUGUUAUUUUACCGGGAAUGAGCAGCAGCACAGGCUAGGAGAGGACUUCUUCAAGCAGCCCUGCAUCAGUUUGGCUAAAGCCUUCCUCGGCAAGGUGCUGGUCCACAGGUGUGCAGAUGGUACGGAGUUGCGAGGAAGAAUAGUGGAAACUGAAGCUUACCUUGGAGGGGAGGACAAGGCCUCACACUCGGCGGGAGGCAAACGCACCGAGAGAAACACAGCCAUGUUUAUGAAGCCUGGCACAAUCUACGUGUAUCCAAUCUAUGGCAUCUACCUAUGCAUGAACGUGUCUAGUGAAGGGGAGGGUGCUGCUGUGUUGCUGCGCUCACUCGAGCCCCUACAGGGUCAGGCCGUCAUGAGGCAGCUGAGGGCAGCCAGACGCAAAGAGGGAGCCCGUCAGCUGAAGGACAAAGAGCUCUGCAACGGGCCUUCAAAGCUCUGCCAGGCUCUAAAUAUACCACGAUGUUUUGACCGUCGAGACUUAGCCUCAGACCCAGAUGUGUGGCUGGAGAAUGAUCCCGACACAAGUCCGGCAAAACCCCAAGAUAUCGUAUCAGCACCACGCAUCGGAAUAGAGUCCCACGGGGAAUGGGCCAAGAAGCCGUGGCGUUUUUAUCUACGUGGGCACCCCUCUGUUAGCGUUGUGAAUAAAGAGGCAGAGAGACAGACUCUGUCUGGAAAUGUCAUGAACGAUUUAAGUCCCCAUGCCGUGAAGCCUGAUACAGGACAGCACAAUGUCAAAAGGACUUAACAGGAAAAUUCCUGAAACUCCUCGGCCAUCUGAUCUCUUUAAAGAGUUUAACACUGAAGAAGAAUAAAAACCAUACGAAUGCAU